GGCGCGCCGGACGUCAGCGGCGUCAGUCGAGGAGCCGAGCAGCCGGUGGGGGGGCACGCGUCCUCUGGAAUCGCACGCCGCAGACCUCCACCUCAAGUCCGGUCGAACUCUCUCCCCCCACCCUUCCCCCAAGUUCCCCCGAAUCCCCCCAUCCACGCGACAAGCACGCCGAUCAGGCCCCGUCCCGCACAACGGCACGUAAAAGCAGGGAGCGGCGACGUGGUCUCCGGGUCGCCAUGUGAGCCGACGAGGUCGUUUUUUUUUCCUCUUGGAGGCCUAACGCUGCGAUGCGGCUCGACGACGCUCGACGGAAGGUCCCCCAAGAGCGCAGGGAGUCUGGGCCGACGCCCACAUCGCCACAGCGGAUCGGUCGCAGCAGCGCAGGCGGGACGCCACCGCUCGCCGUGCUCUGCCUCUGCCGCCGUCCUCGCAUGCCGGCCUCCGACAACGGCAUGGGGUAGAGCCGCUCCCGGUGCGCGAGUGUGCCUGUGCCGCGCAGAGCAAGGGACUCUCUCCGACGGAGAACCAGCAGCGCGCCCCCUGACAGCCGGCCCAAUGUGGGCUCCCUGCGACGGCCUGGCUGUGCGAGCGCUGGCAGUCACACUCCUGACGAUCACAAGCAGUAUGGUUGCAGCCAAGGAGAUCAAGAGCUUCAAGUGGGGCGAGCUGGACGAGGACGAGCGGGCCCGCAUCUGCCACAACUUCACCGUGGGGGACCCCGCGCGGCAGGAGCUUUACUCGCCGCUGUACAACGGCUCGGCCCACUACCCGAACAACACCGAGUGCGUGCGCGUCAUCCGGGCCCCCUACAACCACAUGGUGCGCCUCGACUUCCGCGACCGCUUCCACCUGGAAGAGUCGCCCACGUGCGAAUUCGACUAUCUCGAGAUUCGGAACGGCGCGUACGCGUACUCGCCGCUCGAGGACAAGCUGUGCGGGGACAGGUUUCCGAAGCCCGUGCAGUCCGAGGGCAGGCACCUGUGGCUCAAGUUCUCUUCGGACGCCAGCAUCGAGUACACGGGCUUCAAGGCGGUCUACACCUACAUGCCUGCGCCCAAAACCCACGAGCCACCGCCCGAAGAGUGCCUGUUCAACGUGGAAGGCAGCCACGGCACCAUCGGCUCGGCGGACAUCAAGGCUUCCCAGCUGAACCACUCCCGGCAGAACAAGCUCCCCCUCGAGUGUACCUGGAGCAUCCGGGUGAAGCCUUCCUGGCAGGUGUACCUGACAUUCACCUACUACAAGCUGGCCGACCCCAACAACUGCCGAUCCAACUUCAUCGACAUCAUCGCGGGCGAGCCGCAGCACAAGCGGUUGCAGCACUUUUGCGGCACCAUGGCCGAGCCGACCCGGUCCGAGACGAGCCACGUCAAGGUGCGCUACUACGCCGAGCACGGGGCGCUCAAGGGCGCAAACUUCUCCAUCCUCUUCACUGCCUUCAGGGAGAUCACCAGCGCCGAGAGCUGCGACCCGGAGACAGAGUUCAGCUGCGACGACGGCUGGUGCAUCGACGUGAAUCUCAAGUGCAACCACCAGUACAACUGCAAGUACCGUUACGACGAAGAGUCCUCCAUUUGUCAGACCGGCUCUAACGUGGGCGUGGUGCUGUCGACGAAGCACAUGAUCGUCAUCCUGGUGGUGUUCUCAGCGCUGGUAGUGGGCAUGUGCGCCUCCAUCAGCAUCACGUGUCACAACAAGAUCCAGGAGCGGCGGCGGCGGGAACGCGAGUACAAGCUCCGCCGCUCCAAGGAGGCCUCGGUCGAGGUGGGCCUCGAUCUGUCCGCGGGGAACCUCGAGGCCGCUCUCGCGCUCCAGGCGGCCGAGAUCGGGGCCCGCCGGGCGGGAACAUUGCCCCCGGGGGUCCAGGCCACGCCCGUGGCUGGCACGGCACCCAUUCUGCUGCGACCCGAAGACGACGACAACGGCUGCUACGUGCCCGAGGUGGACCUGAGCGUGUUCCGCAAGCACCCCAACGGGCGGCCGCUGUCGCCGGCAACGGAGGCGUAGCGCUCGUGUCCGCAGCACGGCGACCUGCACAGCCUGCGUAGCGACAGCGUCACGCCUCCGAUCCCGCCCCCGCCGCCGCCGCCUCACAAGGCCCACCCGACGCCACGGGUGGACAUCUACCGCUGAGCCGCGCCCACCCACGCGCCCACCGCCAAACGACGACGCGUGCUGCGUCGGGAUCCCACGCGAAGACGACCAACAAACGCCUCGCCAUCUUGCUCAAAACUAGAGGACCUCGGAAUGGCGUGCGUGUUCUUUUACGGCACGCUACGCACGCAGCCUGCGGGAACACGUGCGUCGGAGUUAGGCGCGCCAUUUCACUCGGGAACCUCGCAGUGAGACCUUCUGGGACAGCGCGGGGCCGUAGCCCCCGUCCUCUGGCGUCCUUGUGGAAGAGGAAGGUGAGGAGUGUUUUUCUCUGGAAAGCUGGAGCUCACGGCACCACGAAAUGAUAUUUUUUAAAAGGUGUUCCCUCCGGGCUGAUCUUUCCUUGCGAGACGCAAGAAACACGCUGGCCAGCAGGCAUGAUCCGCUCGUCCCUCGAGGUUUUGCGGCUCGACUUUCGAAUGGACCUCGAAGGCAGGAGAUGUCAGUUUGCACUGCCUCGUUAUAAACACUGCUCAAAGUCUUGGGAAUCCUUUUUAACUCAUGUAGCAACAGCACUCGUUCCAGUUCUCCACAAACUCAACAACAAAAAGAAAUAGCUGUGGCCAUGGGGCCCAUGCGAUCUAUAAACCGAAAGCGAUCAGACGUCAGAGCAGCCACCCAGAAGAGCUCACUGUGAGCACCGCUUAGGACUUUUUUCGAACGCAGCGAGUUGGACACUGAAACGUCGCCGUCUACAUGUAGCCUUUCACGUGGACUUAACCCAUUGACUCCAAACGCUAAGCAAUGGCACCGUCGGACUCAAAGUGUCACAACUGUGGACUCUGCUGUGAACCUUCAUUUUAGAACUGACACUGUGGUGUGCGCGUGGACACUCCUGUGUGCAGCGCGAGUGUUACUUUACUAGGAGUACUAAUUACUCUCUGCCUGUUUACAUAUACACACAACGGAAACAACGACAACAAGCUCGGUCCCAGAGGAAGCCAACAUGGCGCCCUGGUUUCUGCCAUUCAGCAAGCAUCUCAUGCACUGUCUCAUUAUAGUAUCAUAUUGAAAUUUACGGAAAUAGCACUUAACUAUGGGAUACGUUAACCAACCUCCUUUGUCAAUAUAUUACCUCGGGAACAAGCCCUAAUACUAAGUUGGCACUGGUUAGUUUCGGUUUAAGUACGCCCAUGGUUGGUGAAAACAAAGCUAGCUUCUAUUUCAAACCAAUAACGUCCACGGGUUUAUGUGGACAGGAAUAUAUUCGAACAUGCCAAGGAUUUGGACUUAAAAAUUAUUUCCCAAGAUCCAUUAACUGAGAAGGAUAGCGGACAGGAGAUGAGGAAAGGCAAACAAAAAAGGCCUCUCUUGAAAAUGAGGGGUUGCCAAGUGUGGCAACAUUCGUCUGCCCACAAAAGGGGAGGGUGGGAUCCAAGACAUUUCAUCAUGUCAUGAGGUGGAUGUUGACUAGCGGAAAUCAUGGUGCCUAUAUUGCGAAGAGUCCCUUUUCCCCGAACUGGAGUUGGGACGUUCGAUGCUAAUCUUCCAUCUAUAACAAUUCCACUUCUCAACACCAUAGACUCCAUCACCGAAUUCCCACUUCGCCCACCUUUUGGGUGUUCCCAGAACGAUGGGGGAGACAAGAGAUGGGGUAAGCAUGUGCCGUAACCCCAUGUCUCUCCAUGCCCUCCCCCACCUCCACCCCACCUUCCAUUCUCCCCAUUUUUCCAAUUUGUUGAACUCCCCCACACAGAACUCUCUCGCUCUCUUCGGAGGCAACCGUUAUGUUCCUUGGCGGGGAUUAUGGUAGCUGGCUCCCUGUAUUGCUGGACACUGUAGCAAUCGAGACUCCAGUUGAACAGCAUUUUUCGCACCAUGUUAUAUGUUGACGACUUUUUAUUUUGGGAGUCGACACUCUUGCCACAUGAAAUUUCAACCAGUUUCUGUAGUUUUCUACGGAAGCACCGUAGGAAAGUGUAGAUUAUGUAAAGGUAUUCUACUAACCAUCCCCAGCUUGUAAACUAUCACAAACUACAGCUCCGUUUCUAAUUGAUGCUUGAUCAUUCAGUGCUUUACCUCCCUUCCUUAAAGAAGUUGCUGGAAACCAUAAAUCAGAUCUGAGACAACACAAAGUAUCUUUAGGCUACAUACCUUAGUUUUCUUCAGGGCAUUUAGGGUUAGUGUCAAGUUUGCUGGGCAGCCAAAAAAUGGUUACCAAGGGCCAACUUGUCCAGUCUUCAGAAAAGGAGCCUUUAUAAAAUGUGAGGAUUAAAUAAUAUACCUAAACGUUAAGUCAACAGGGAAUCAUUGAAGCAUUACACUAGAAGAGUAAAAAAAAUGGUUUUAAGAGGGUAAAAGUGUGAACCAAAAAGAUGCUGCUCAGUGCCUAACACAUCAAUUAACACUGCUGCUCAAUAUCAGUGAACAUGCUGCAAUUGUGAAAUACCCAAUAUUGAUGGCAGAAAGCCUCAAGUAGAGAAUGAUACAGUAAAAGUGUGAACCAAAAAGAUGCUGCUCAGUGCCUAACACAUCAAUCAACACUGCUGCUCAAUAUCAAUGAAUAUGCUGCAAUUGCAAAAUACCAAAUAUUGAUGCAGAAAGCCUCAAGUACAGAAUGAUACAAAAGCAACAGGCAAACUUGAAGCUCUCAUAGAAGGUGCACCUCAUAGAAAGGCUUCUGUUUAUACGAGUUCAUUUAUAAACUACAGCUGGUAAAAGCGGACACUGCUCGUGAGCAGUUAGCUUGACCUAUCCAAGUACACAACUCCAAACACAAUAUAUUUUGAUCACAUCAUUCUGAACAAUUCAAAAUCCAUCCUGCAUUUUUAACAUAUAAAUGUUUUGUGCACUCAGUCAAUGUGUGCCAGUUCUAGUGCUCACUCUGGCUCAAACUAGUCCAGUUAGCAACUGAAUUGUAUGUAAAAGCACCACCCUGAUGCUGCACAGCUUUUGGGGGUUCCAGAAAGUCCAAAACCGCUGCUGCUUCAUGUGAAAGCAGGCCCCAAUUCUAUUCACCCCUCUCCACAACUGAACACACAACCACAGAUGGCUGAAAAUUCGGCCACGGUCUGUGCCGGAGCACCGAUUAAGUACCACGGGACGCAAAGAUUUCAUUGCAAACUAAUGCUCCCUAUUGAGCUGUGCAUUUUCUCUGCCACUAGGCCAAGAGACUGCUGUCAACUUUUCACCAAUACCCUACUCACUUUAGUAGUCAUGGUUCUAUACACACCUCCAAAAGCCACUCCAUGCUAUUUGUUUUGCAAACCAUUGCCACUCGGAAACUACACCCAGAACAUUUGUGCAGGCAAGUUCAGGCUUCCCUAGUUGUCUGUUCUCGUAACUUCAACCCUGACACACACAAAGGAAUUGAGGCUAAAGUAAAUAAAUGCGAGGCAUAUAUAAUUUGUUUAACAAAAGGUUUCUUUUUUUUCUGAGAAUUCUUAAAGCAACAUGUCUAAUGCAAAGCUUUCCUUCAAACUUGUUACAAGGGUUUAAAAAAGUGAGGGUCGAAUGCAUCGACCUUAGGAAAGAAGCCAUUUGCCUCAAGUUUAUUACUCAGGGUCAUGGAGUGGCUUUCCAUUUCAGUCUUCAAUCCCAUAUGUGUGCUAUGUGCUAUAUGCAUAGAGUCUUAGAAUGUCUUUUGUUGUCGCUAAAAAAAUAUUGCUACUGCGAACCAUGAUGCACCAUGUGAGGUCAACUGAAAAUUCCUGGUCCUGCAUAGAUAUAUUCUGAAAAGAGGAGGAACUCAACUCUUCAGAGUAUGUUCAACUCCUUAAGCCCCAUUUCUAUUUCCUUUGUAGACACUUGCAAUUGCAACCUCAAAUUCUGUGGCUGCAAGAGUGCAGGUUAAAAGCUCAACUCUAAAUGUGGUGCAAGAACAAUAAAAUGUUUGCAAAUUGCAAACAAUCGACCAAAUGCACCCAAGCUUAAACUUCAAAUAUGUCCAGAUUUGUUUUCUCUUUGGAAUGUCCCUUAAAAACUUCUGCUUUCUAUUCCAUGAGUCAAAACUUAAGCUAUGUUUAGAAUAUAGACCUUUUUCGCAUGCCCCAGACCGCCAAGUAGGCAUAUCCGAUAUGGGCAACAAAAAAAUAUUAAAACAUUUCAAUCUGCAAAUAGUAAAAAAAUAGAGGGGAGACAAAACUAGAAUAGGUGAUGGUUACGCUUAUAUCCUUAAUGCAUUCUAUUGGCGUGGCGACAGCAAAGCAAUGUUUUCGCCCAUACUGGAAGUGACAAUAUUUCAAGAUAGCGGCGCCCUUGUGAAAAAGGUCUAUAGAGGCAUACAUGGUUCAGCAGACAACAGGUCGCAACACGUGGGGAGCAAAUAAACUCAGAUUAGCUGCUCUAGAGACAGCACACCGUCAGCUGCUGACUUAGCCUUGUAGAUAAACUAUUAACACUCUUCAGCAGCUCAAUAUUGGUGAGAAAGCUGAAGCACAAGUCAUCUGCAUCUGUCUGGAGCUCUAUGAAGCUGAAUGUAUAAAUUGCUUCCAACAAGAGGGCAGUAUCCUUCCAGCCUAAUCAUUCCCAGAGUCCUCUGUUGGUCUAAAUCAGGUACAGACCUAGACACUAUAGUAUGGUCUCUUCUUGAUCUAAUGAACUUGCAGUUUGGAUGUACAAGUCACCACACAAUGUUCCCUCUCGUAGCACUAUAGACAUGACUUAAUAAGCUAAGAGUUCUCAGACAAGUAUUACUGUAGUUUAAAAGUUAGCUUUCACAAAAAUAUUUCAAUAGCUCUCCAGACCACAUCUUAAUGACAUGAACACAUAAAUACAUAGCACGGCACUGUUAGCGUGAACAAGCACUCACUAGUUCUUUUUUUUUUUCACUCUUAUAACGAAAAGACUGUCAUCAAAAUGGUGGGAGGUGCUCAGUUGGGGAGCUAACCUAAGGAGUAAAAAUUUGGUGCCUGCCAGUACCCUUUCAAAGUAAAAUGUGAAAAAGCACCAAUGUUGUGUUUGUGCUAACAGUGUCGUACAGUGUACAAAUGUGGGUAGCAUGUCAUGUUGCCAGAGUAAACCCAUUUUUCAUAAUCCUAUAGAGAAGGAGCAGCAGCGGUUUUAGCUACCUGGACCAUUAUCUGCCUCUUUGAGCUAAGCAGCCCACAGCCUCUAUAGUUUGAUGCAGUGAACUCAUUGCAUGCUCGAGAGGCGAGAUUUAAAACAUAGCUGACUUGGUGCCAAAUGUUUGGUCUACGCAAAAAACAAUGUCAAAAUAUUGCUAAAAAAAAUUAGACGCAAAGGUAUGUAGUGGUUUCUGCAAAAAAUUAAUCUUACCAACAAACAGUUAAUUAUAUUCAUGACAUUGUUAUAUUAUGGCCUAAGCUGGUUACUAGGUUGUUUUGCACUUCAAAAUUGGCAAACGAUUUAGAGAAAAGGCUGUUAUGGUAACAGGCUACAUUCAAAAACAUUUGAAAUAUUGGAAAAGCAAGUGACUUACCAAAAUGUUAUACUUUGUAAACAGCUUCUUUUAAAAUUUUGUUGAACAGUUCACUCACUCGAUCACGCAUCAACCACUGGGGGAAUAUUUCAACCAUAAUCGUUUCCAACUUGACUAAGUUUCACCUGCAAAACAAGCAUUGCAAGCCAGAUUACCAUGAAUACUCACCCAAGAUAGCAAACCAAGUGUGUGCUUGUGAAAGCCAAAUAGCGAUAUGAAUACUUUGGGCAAAGCCCAUAUUGGUAUUUCCUUCAGUUAAUCAUGUGCAGUCACGCAGAAACUAAAAAUCUCCAAGCGAGCGAGCGUUUUUUUCUGAGGAGCGCUAUCCUGGCAGUAUUCCUUCGUACUAGUGCCGAUGUCAGGACUCAUCCACGUGAAGCAGACAGGAGGGAGCCCAUCAACGCAAAGAAACUGCUGUUACUAUCUGCGUGUUCCCAGCGUGGUAUGAUUGAAGGGGGAGAAUGCCCGCUCGCUUGGAGCUAUUUAGUUUCUGCGUGACUCUACAAACCACAUAAUUCAUGAAAGGCCCACAAGCAAAUCCUACUGAGUGCCUCCAAAACAUCAAACGCUACAAGCAGUAUCAAUGCUAGAUCACCAACUUUAUAUAUUUGUCCUGCAUGACUAUGAAGUUAACUUGAAGCACCGAAGGCGUGUAAUCGGGAGCACUAGUGCCGUAUACAGAUUGCAUGGUUGUUGGCACCAGGAGCUAAAAGGUGUCUAUAAUGGACAAGCAUUAACAGCGAUUUUUUUUUUAAUAAACUGAGGGAAAAUGUUUUUGAUGAGGGAGAAUGAUUGGGGAAUAAAAUGUGCAAAAUACUCUCUUGAUCAAUGAGAAGAAUGAGACUGUAAAAAAAUAUUACAACAAAUGUAGCCAGAAUUUGCCCAGUUACACCACCAAUGAGUUGAAUUCUAAUAUGUUAAUGUCAUUUUCUCUUGGGUCCCACACACUGAAAAAAGGAACUGUUUGUUUUCAAUUUAGCAAUGAAUUGGGUGUGCAUUUGGCAGCAGCAAUGACAAAAGGACUUGCACAAGAGCAGCAUCUGAAAGGUUGAUAUAUUUUAAGGUUUACCUCCCAACCUCUUACAAACCUCAUCAAAUAGCCACACACACUGUUGAUGUAAAAGCAACAGGAAAAAUGACAUUGCAAAAAAGAAGCAAAUGCAGACAUGGAUUGUGAUGGUAGAUAGCUAGCAACACACUUUUUUUUGUUGACAUUUUGUGGCACGUUACGAAAUAAUCUAGACGUUAAUUUCCAAGUAAAGCAAUCACUUUAACCAGGAAGUUGAGUGCAAACAAACAGAAAAACUGCCAAACUUGAUUUUCUUGUUGACUGCAGGUGCAAAGAGUGAUACAGGGGGGAAAGUCUGUUAUAUGUAUUAUGAAAUGAGUCUCGACAUUUUUUGUGAUGCUUCACCAAGGAACUGAAUUUUCACUUUUAAGUUUGCCAGAACGUUCUCGAAGUAACUUUUUGAGACAGAGCCCUUCCAAAUACAGAAAGGCAGUAUAUGUCGGUGCUUACGGAACCCUUCCCAGCAUAUCACGAGACAACAUGAGGCAAACAUGAACGCAUUAACCAGCCCCAGUUCUGAAAUCCUACCUCGCGUCGUUUUCACUUUCGAAAGCGCACUUUUGAGAGAAAACAUUGUAAUAAAAGUGUGGCCACCUUGGUAUAAAAUUCCUUUCCACCCUGACAGAGUAAGGACCUGAGACCGAAGUACAAGGGGCGAAGGACGAGAAAUCUGAUAAGGAUGAUUCAUAAACAUGGUUGACCAAUUUAUUCCACACAGCCUGCAUAUGGGCAUAACAAAAACUAAAUAAAACCAGGUUUAUAGUUUCAACUUACUAGAUGCAUCAGGGUAUGCAAUCUGUGUGAAACAAGCGGAGAAUUGGUAUUGGAAAUGACAUCAGAGGCAACAAUUGCACACCCCGAACAAAAUGGCCUUGGGAGUAUGUUAUUCUUUUGUAUUUGUUAACAAUGUAUAUAUACGUGUGCUGUGUGGAAUAAAUCUCCCAGCUGUGUUGGAGACCCUGUCCGUGUGGAUACUUCGCCUGCUUUUGACCACGGUGUCAGGUUAUUUCACAGGAUGUUGGACAUAAACCAGCUCGCCUGCACCUUGCCCCUCCUACAGAUUUUGUUUCUCUACACCUGCCAAUUAUUUUCAGAGUUCGCUUGCAUCCUCUGCUUAUUUCAUAUGCUUUGCCGAAGCAACCGUGCUGCCUUAUUUAGAAAAUAAAAAAAGAGCCAAUGUUCCAAUAAAAAGGAGUGUGCAAAGA